AACAGUACCUACAUCUUUUUGGGUUUUGGUUUGUCUACAAACUUUUAUAUUAAUUAUUUUCAAAAUUCACAAUUUUUAUUCGAAUAAUUAGCUAGGUAGUAAUUUGUAUAGCAACCUGCUUGCUAUACUUAUGACCAUUUUUCUCAUAGAUUAUUAAUGUCAGGGAUCCUGACAAAAGAAAAGAAGUAAAAACCAACGUCCUAAGAAUUUUUACAUUAUGUACACGUAGUGAUUAUAUGCUCUUUGUUAUGUACAAGAUAACAUUGAGGCACCUAUAAACGUUUGACUGGAAAGAAACAAAAAAACGUAACCAUGCCGCUGGUAUUAUCUCAAGCGGAGUUCGACAAGCUGGUCUCAUGGACGGACGGCAGUCGGGAGAACAAGGAUGCGGCGCGCCAGAGCGAGUAUGUCAAACGUUUGAACGAGCAGAGCUCACGCAUGACUCGCGAAUGGCCCAAUUCUGUCGAGAAUGUAAACAAACGUAACGAGGAGUUGCGACGCGCACGCCACGAGGCCGCCGAGCAGGCCAACACCAAGUUCUACAAGAAGUACAUGCGAAAGAAGCGCGAUGAACAGGCGCGUCUCAUGUACAGCGCACGCGACACCAUAUUCAAGAAUAAGGACGCGCCUAAGUUUUUUCUCAGAGCAGUUAUAGAGACCUGUGUACAGAAAGAGCGAGAAGAACAGCUCAAGUUCAAAGGCGAGCGAAUGCGGGAAGAGAGAGAACAGAAGAGAAAAGAUGACGACGAAAUCAUCCGCCGCGCGGCCGAGUGGCAAGCUCUCAUGAAAACUAGGCGUCAGCGCCGUUUCGAAGUUAAUAAACAGCACCAGAAAGAGAUCCUGGAACAGGUACACCAUAAGGCCGAGCGCAAUCGCACGGAGCACGAGACGGAGCUGAAUUAUCAGAUCUUAGACAACAUCAAGGCCAACGAGCAGAUGGAAGCACUUGGCGAGUUUGAGCGCAAUUUCAACAAAGCCGAAAAAGCCCGAAUCCUCGCCGACAUGAAACAGGCUAAGGCAGAGGUAGACGCCCGGCGGGCUGAGGAGCGCGCUCGCGACCAACUGGACGACAAGCUGAUCGCCGUCUUACAGCGCUCGCGGGCCAGGAUCCAGGCGCUGAGGAAGAAAACUGAAAAAGAAACCCGCGACGAGCAGCUGCGCCUGCUGGAGCUGAACAGCAAGCGCCUGGAGAGUGGCGAGGCCGCGCGCGCGGAGAAAGAGCAAGCCAGUCUGGAGACCGCCGCCAGGGAGAAGGAAGCCAUCGCCGAGGAAAGACUACGCAAGGACAGAGAGACAAAGGCGCGCUUCAAACGCGAAAGACAGGAGGUUCAAGACAAGUUCCUUGCAGACGAGGCGCGCCGCCUGCACGAGCUUAAUACCCAGCGCCAGUGGGAGAUGAUGAACCGGUUCAAGAACCAAGAGCUGUACGAAGACUUCCAGGAGAAACUGCGUCAAGAGAAAGAGCGCAAGAUAAAAGAGUUCAGAGAGGAGACGCUCAGGCUUUGGAAAGAGCGAGAUGAGCGCGACGCGCGCGAGCGUGAUGAAACCCGCUACUUCUACGGCGAGCUGGCCGAGAGGAAACUACGCGACGCGGACAACAGGCUGUUCGCGCACGCGCAGGAGCUGCUGGCCGAGGCGCGGCGCCACAACAGGCCCGACUACGCGCUGCGCAAGGCUCUCGAUCGCUACUGUUCGCUGUACCGCCUGCAUCCGAUGCCGGAGUUGCCGAAAACGCUACAGUCGCACUUCCCCGGCUACGGGCCUAAGGAUUGCUGCUUAGCAGACCCGGGGUAUAAGCCCGAGCCUCCACCGCAGCCCGAACCUGAAGAGAAGGAGGCUCCGCCCCAGGCAGUUGGGGACCACAACAAUGUUGGCAAGAGAAGCGGCUUGCAGCCCGUUCUGAACGGUGACAAGGCGGCGCCGUCUGCGUCAGCGUCUGCUGUCGAGGAGACAGUAGCGGACUAUAAGAGAGUCGGGCGUGCCAACGGUCUGCAGAGGACACCUGCUGAGAUUGACCUAUUCAAGCUCCCCCCGAUCUCCGUGGUCCCCUGCCAAACGCCGAACUGCACUUGCCCGUUGAAGAAAUAAAUAAAACAAACGUAUACAAAAUAUUAAUUUAUUAUAGAGUUGUCAUGUCUAGAGAGCUAUGGCACCGCUGCUGUGACUAGACACGUGGUGGUCCUGUUACUAUUACAUUAGUAGGGUUUUCGGCAUUCGGUAACACCAAAGUGUUUAAUAUAAACCUUAUUACAAUGCUUUAAGGCCUAUAGUUGGACAAUUAGGUGUCGUUUGUAAACACUUUUAUAAGUUACAAACACAUAUUAGAAUCUCGAAACCACAGAUACUGAAAAAAGAAAUACAGGCAUGCCGUGUUACAAUUUCUGCACGAUAAUUUCAAAAUCACGAUACCCAAUUAAAAAUAUGAAAAUAGAUUGUUUUUUUGCUUUGUGGUACAGUUUUGUAUACAAUUACGUAAACUAAUUUUUAUAUUUCUAAAUAAACUUUACGUUUAUUGGUAUGUUAGUAAAAGUUGUCGAUGUAAUUUAUAUUAGUGUCGUGCUACCGAAGUACACCUACUAUUUGUUCGUUGCGUCCAUACAAGACUAAAUUAAACUAGCUUACUAAAAUAAAUCUUUGGUCAUAUUGAGUGUAGUUUCUUUACGCUGCGUCAAAUAUCGAGGGAUUUCGAGUUCGCAUUGGGAUUUGAACUUUAUCUGGUUGGAAUAAGGUCGCUUUUAAUUUAACGAUGCAUUUAAAACAAUAUUAUUGCUGGUAUUAAAUUGACCUAUGUUAAAUACUUGUGUCACUGCAAAAUAAACAUUAUCUCUUUAUGAUAAGGUUGUCUUCUUUAAUGUGAACUCUAGUUCCCUCAAAUACGCCAAUACUGUAACAGGUUUGUGCCAUUGAAAAGAUUAAGGCAAAUGCACAUUAACAGUUGAACAUAUCUUGUACAGUCAACAGCAGAAGUCCACUUUCGAGAACAUUUCAUUCGCAAAUGCGGUACUAUUAUCAUUAUUAUCAAUCAUGAACUUGUAAACCUAUUUAUUUUCAAGACACGUGGUAACUUCCGUUCCUGACUGUACACACACAAACAGUAAACAUUCUCUAGAAAGUCUGGUGGCUUGUGAGCAAAAUUUGAAUGUUUAAAUAUUAAUUUAAAUUGAUGUGAGUAUUCACUAGAUUUUCUAGUAAGGUUUUACAAAUGUAGUAUAUGUGCAAUUUGCCUUAUGUGAGAUUUCUAGGUACACAGCUUUCGUAAUACUUUCGUUGGCUUUGGCUUACAAAAUAUUGUCUAUAGUUAGAAAAAUAAAUUAUUAUUAGCGAACAACUAACUAUAUCUAGAUCAUAGUUCAUUUCAAAUAGACCUGCACAAAAGGUCAUUGACACCAAUUCAAAAUACACAACUGUUUUACAGAUCAUAAGGGAAGUAGUACAGUCAACAGAAAUACAUUAAUUGCUCGAAAUAUUUACUUUUUCUUUGUUUAACUACAUAUGACUACAUAUGAUGUUGACUGUAUCCAUAAACUAAUAAAAAAGUCAAUUAUCGUUUAUGCAAAUCUGUUUAAAUCUAUACAUACAGGCCAAUUCGAAUGUGCACUGACAUCAAACCGGUAUUAGAAUGAUAUUACAAUCAUAUAAAUUUUUAAUUCAAUUCAAAAUAUCUGUUAGCUGUCAUUUGCGUGGGCGUCUCGCUCGCACUUAUCCUUGUGCGGACAAGUUUGAACGAUCUGAACGCGCGAAUGACAGCUAACUGAUAUGAUUCCCAUAUCAUUCUAAUAUCGGUUGGAUGUCAGUACCAUCGGCCACACUGUUAACUGACAAUUCGUCAACCUUAUUACAAAAGGCAUAAGGUCCACCGGUGGACAGUUAAGAUCUUGCUGUUUGUACACGUUCGAGUGGCCCGAUAGCUUUUAACUCGUUCCAUCGACGACACGAUUAUCUAACCAAAACUAAACCUUAUUCACUUGAGUUAAGGUCUUCUAUCAAUCAGUUAAAUGUGUCAUAUCAUUAUGUUCGUUAAUAACAAUUCACUCCGACCUGCAAAUA